GAGGCUCUGGGUGCACUUGUUUCCGCGGGUUCAACGGCUACACGGGACCAGGAGGCCAAGGCUUGAACGGAGGAAGGGGUGCACUGUUCCUGGAGCAAUGGACUACCAACAGAAACUGGCUGAAAAACUCAGCAUCCUCAAUGAGAGAGGAAAUGGGGUGCUCAUACGCAUGAACUACAUUAAGAAGAUCUGUGCAGACCCGAAGCUGCGACCAUCCUUCCUGACAGAUAAAGCCAUGGAGUCGGCCAUCAAGUACAUCAACAAGAAAUUCCCCAACAUUGACUUCAGAGGAAACAUUCAACAUCUGACGAGCAUACAGCGACAGAAAUCUGAAGUGUUGGCAGCCACAGCAAGCUACUAUGACUCUUUCCUGGAUGUCAUAGAGUUCAGGGACCACGUUUAUGAGCUGCUGAACACCAUAGACGCCUGUCAAUGCUUCUUUAAUAUUGCGAUCAACUUUGACUUCACCAAGAACUACUUGGAUCUGAUCAUAACCUACACGUCUGUUAUCGUAACGCUGUCUCGCAUUGAUGACAAGAAGGCACUGGUGGGCAUGUUCAACUGCGCCCAUGAGAUGAGCAAUGGCAGCAGUGACCCCUCCUACCCACGUCUUGGCCAGAUGUUUGUGGAAUAUGAGCAUCCUUGGAAGAAGCUCACAGAGGAGUUUGGCCCCCACACAAGGUCGGUGACGGCGGCGUUGGUGUCUCUGAAUAUGGUCUACCCACGCAGGAACCUGCCAGCAGAGCAGUGGCGGAGUGCCCAGCUCCUCAGCCUGCUCAGUGCUCCAGCUGCCAUGCUGGAACCAGCCUGCUGCAACACUAUGGCAUGUGAAUACCUGUCCAUGGAAGUGAUGGAGCGGUGGAUCAUUAUCGGCUUCUUGUUGUGCCACACCAGCCUGAAUACAAACCAGGCGUCCCAAGAGCUGUGGAAGAUGGCUCUGCGGAGUGGCCUCUACCUCACACUCACCAGAGAUGAGGUACUCAACAUACACAAGGUCUCUGAGGACCUCUUCGACUGCUUCAAAGGCUAUAGCAAGCGAAUUGCAGACAUCAAGGAAUGUCGUGAGCAUGCUUUAGUCAACAGUGGAGCUAUGCACAGAGAGAGGAGACACUUUCUGAGAGGAGCGCUGAAGGAAUUAUUUAAAGUUCUGGAGGAUGAACCUGGACUUCUGGGACCAAAGGCCCUGUUUGUCUUCAUGGCUCUCUCAUUUUCCCGUGACGAGGUCCUGUGGCUCGUCAGGCACUCUGAGAAUAUGCCAAAGAUAAAGACGCCUGAUGACUACAUUGACAAUCAAAUGGCAGAGCUGCUGUUCUACAUGGAGAAGUUAAGAGGUCUGAUGAAAAAGUACAACCAUGUAGUUCAGCGCUACCAUGUCCAGUACUUGGCUCAGUUUGAUGCCUUGGUGCUCAAUGACACCAUACAGAACAUUUAUGUGUGUCCAGAAGAGGAGUCAGUUCUGAUGAGUUCAUUCGUCUCCAACCUGUCUGCUCUGUCAGUCAAACAAGUGGAAAACAAAGAGGAGUUUGACUUCAGAGCACUUAGACUGGACUGGUUGAGAUUACAGGCCUACACAAGUGUGAACAAGGCCCCUCUUCCAAUAAAGGACUACACUGACUUAGCGAAGGUGAUGAACAUGAUUCAGUUUCACACCAGGAUGGUGGACAGUGUGGAAGAACUUCUGCAGGAGACAUCUGAGGUGUCCAUACUCUGCUUUUACCCGCGUGUCUUUGAGAAGAUGUUUUGCCAGAGCAGCGAGGAGAUGACCAUGAAGCGUUACCUCAUGGCCUUCCCAUUAGUCUGCACUCACUUCAGCCAGUGUGGGCACCCUAUCUGCCCAGAAGAGAUAGAGGCAAUGGAGAAGAGGAGUCUGCGCCUGUGUGUGACCUUCCUGGAGCAGAUAGCCAAGCUGACCAGCACUGUUGUGUUAGAGAUAUGCGCUGAGCAAUGCAACCUCAAUGACCAGUUGCAGCCCAAGCACUGUGCUGAGACCAUCAGCGCAGCUCGCCAUAGAAAGCAAAAGAAGCCUGUGCCAAAGAAAGGAGAGGUCCAGAAAGAGAAGCCAGGCGCUGAAAGCUUGAGGAAAGACCGGAGUGUCGUCACUAAUGUGGACAAGAUGCAUCUGAUGCUGACAGAGCUGUGCACCUGCUUCAGCCUCUGCAGUGACUUUAUUGUCUUCGACCACAUCAUCGUUCCCACAGAGUUCCUCCUUUCUCAUCUGGAGAUACGCCUCUCUGAGAUAAUCGUGAGAAUGGCCAAUUACAAUCAGACCACCCAGGAGAUAGCCCGUCCCUCGGACCUCCUGACGAAGUUAAGAGCCUAUACAGCCAGCUUGCACAGCCUCUCCGGCUACAUCAAUGUGGACGUCACCCGGCUGGUGAAGAGCGUCCUGCUGCAACAAACACAGCCGCUGGACUCACGUGGAGGGCCGACCAUGACAACCCUCUACACAAACUGGUACCUGGAGAGUCUCUUGCGUCAGGCCAGCAAUUCCCUCAUCGUCCACUGUCCUACGAUGCACUGCUUUGUCAACCAGACUACUGACAACGACCCAAGUUUCAGAGCAGAGGAGUUCUCAGAUAUAUCAGAGUUACAGGCCCUGGCGGAGCUAAUUGGUCCAUAUGGCCUGAAGUUUCUGAGUGAGAACCUGAUGUGGCACAUCACCUCUCAAAUCAGUGAGCUGAAGAAACUGGUGAUUGAGAAUAUGGACGUCCUGGUACAGAUGAAGAACAACUUUGAUAAGCCAGAGGAAAUGGCCAAUCUUAAAAAGAGGCUGACAGGUGGAGAGAACGUGCUGAAGAGGAUGACCAUCAUCGGGGUGAUCCUGUCCUUCAGAUCAAUGGCACAGGACUGCCUGAAAGACAUCCUGCUGAAGCAUUGCCCAUAUCUAAUGGGGCCCAUCGAGUGCCUGAGAGACUUCAUCUCCCCUGAAGAUGACAUCAAGGUGACUCUAAGCAUUUUUGAGCUGGCUUCUGCUGCAGGGUACACAUGCGAUAUUGAUCCAACCCUCGUCACAGCUAUUGCCAAUAUGCAGACAGAUAACACGUCAGUUGAUGAGGAGUACAAGCUGUCCUGUUUGCUGCUGGCCUACAUCGCUGUGUCCCUGCCUACCCUGGCCCUGGACCCCAACUCUCUCUAUAGCCGGGAGCAUGGAGGCCACAACAACAACAUCCACUGUUUAGCUACGGCUAUCAACCAGCUGGCUGCUGCCAUGUUCACUGUUCAGAACAAGAAUAUUGCGCAGCAGCUUAAAGAGUUUCUCCUGAUGGCCUCCUCCACUCUGCUUCAGUUGGGACAAAAUGUGGAAAGAAUGGAGAGCAAAAACCGAGAGUCCAUCUACCUGCUCCUACACAUGAUUGUGGAGGAAUCUCCGUUCUUGAGUCAAGACAUGCUGGAGAGCUGCUUUCCGUAUGUUCUGCUCCGAAAUGCCUACAGAGAGGUGUACAGGUCCUUCAUCGUCACUCUGGGCUGACCGCAUUGUUAAAUACUUUUAAUUUAACCUUUAUUUAUCCAAGAGACUAUUGAUGAGCACACAUGUUUUAUUUUCAUUAGUAUUAUCCCAGUUAGUGUUGAUAAUGCUUCCUGUGAGUCAGCUCUUACUGUACCCACAUUACAUUUGACAAACUGUAGACUUGCUUUUAUAGUCUUAUCUGCCAGCAAUAUAGUGUAGAUUUAUCACUGCUGUAUUAGCCAAUUUCAGCUUGAAUAAUUCAAAUAUAAAUCAGGUAUAUUCUCUAACAUUCUUUUCAUAUUUUACACAUCAGUGCCAGACACCAUAAGCGCCAAGACAGAAACAAGUGUUUUUAAAUAUGUUUAGAAUCUAACCACAUUUAUUAAUAUUUUUAAUAUUAAAUUUACUGUAUUAAUAGUUGGUGUAAAACAUUUUCUACUAAUAAAGAUGAUAACAAAAAACUA